GAUGAGCUGGGGGCAGCGCUCGGGCCGGAGCCGCGGGGAGCCGGGGCCGCCCAGGAAGGCAUCCAGGAGAAAGUGCGUCCUUGUCGACCACCACACCUGAGAGCAGCCCCGCACUGGCCCAGAGGUGACAAUGGCAGCUGAGGGGCUGCCUGCUGGGGGACCCACCAGCACCCUGCCCAGCUGGGAGCUGGAGGCCUGGUACCAGGACCUACAGGAGGUGCUGGCAGCAGCAGAGGGCAGUGGGCCCUCCCCACCCUGGGGGGCUGAGCAGGCAGAGCUGGCUCCGCUGUGGGGCAUGGAGGGGGCUGGUGGUGGUCCAGAGGGCUGCGAGCUGGACGCUGCCCUGGCUGCUGAGCUGCUGGAGCUGCUGGGGCCAGAGAGCACAGCUGGCACAGAGCCAGCAGGACCGCCAGGCUCAGCCUCCAGCAGGAGCUCCCCACCCCGGCUGGGCACAGAGGAGGAUGAGGCAGGGGCAGCUACAGGGCGUGGGGUGAAGAGGAAGAGGUGCAGUGGCAUGGUGGCAAGCAGGGACCGGGCCAAGCACCAGGAGCGGGCCAACGAGCAGCGGGUGCUGGAGCUGACAGCCCACAAUGAGCAGCUCCGGGAAGAGAUCCAGCGGCUCAGCAUGGAGGUGGAGCGCACACGAGCAGCCCUCAUCGACCGCAUUGUGAACCUUCGCCGGGCUUAGGUGCCAAUGCUGCUCCACAGCCAGUGGGGCAAGGACUCCGCUGCCCCUGCGGACCUGGAGGGCAGCCAUGAACUGGAGGAGCACUACCCCACUAGCACAGACUGAUGCUGUGGGGAGGGCACUGCUUCCAUACACGAUUGUAUACUUUUUGCAUUUUAUUACACUCAUAACCACCAGCCAGCACAACCCAGUCUCGUCUCUGGGUAGUGCUGGGGCUACUUCUUUCGCUUCCCCUUGGGCA